AGAAGAGAGAGAGAGAGUUCCAGCUGAGUUCAUUCUCCUUUCUUCGCUAAUAACAAGCAAAGCUUUUACUUCACGCUCUCUCUCUCUAGCUCUCUGUCUGAGCUAAAAACCCAAACUUCCGUCUGCAAAAAGGGAGGCAAUAAUCCUAAGCAAGGCCCAAAUCUCCAUCUCUUUCUCGCUGAAGAAAGCACAAGAGACCUUCUAAUAAUGGGCUUGCUGCUGCUGCUCAUGGAGACCCUCACUUUCUUCUUGAACCUCAUCCCCUUCUAAUCAAACUCAGUCUCAGUCUCUCUCUCUCUAGCGCGCGCCCAACGGAUUUAAAGACCCAAUUUUGAGUAAACCCAGUUUCUCAAUUUCAACCCCCAGUCACCAACCACCAUGUACUUGUCGGAAAAGCCUCGAGCAAUCGAUUUUUACAAAGAGGAAGGCAGCCGAGACAUGAUGAUUGAGGUGGUUUCCAAUGACGACCUCUCUCAAUCUCAAACUCAUCACCCCAACCAUCAACCACAGCAGCAGCAGCAGCAGAUGCUUUUGGGGGACAGCAGCGGCGAGGACCAUGAAGUUAAGGCCCCGAAGAAGCGAGCCGAGACUUGGGUCCAAGACGAGACUCGGAGUUUGAUAGCUCUGCGCCGUGAAAUGGACGGUUUGUUUAACACUUCCAAGUCUAACAAGCACUUGUGGGAGCAGAUUUCGGCUAAGAUGAGAGAGAAAGGGUUCGAUCGGUCUCCUACUAUGUGCACCGACAAGUGGAGAAACUUGCUUAAAGAGUUCAAAAAGGCUAAGCACCAUGACAGGGGAAGUGGGUCAGCUAAGAUGUCAUAUUACAAGGAGAUUGAGGAGAUUUUGAAGGAGCGAAACAAGAACGCGCAGUACAAAAGUCCCACACCUCCAAAGGUUGAUUCUUUUAUGCAAUUCUCGGACAAAGGUAUUGAAGAUGCAAGCAUUUCUUUUGCACCUGUUGAAGUUCCUUGGUGUACAGCUAGUGGGAGGCCGACGCUCAAUCUGGAACGACGUUUGGAUCAUGAUGGUCAUCCUCUUGCCAUAACUGCAGCUGAUGCAGUUACAGCGAGUGGAGUUCCACCUUGGAAUUGGAGAGAAACCCCUGGAAAUGGUGGGGAGGGUCAAUCAUGUGGUAGAGUCAUAUUAGUCACUUGGGGUGAUUAUACUAGAAGGAUUGGUAUUGAUGGAACUGCCGAUGCCAUUAAGGAGGCAAUUAAGUCUGCUUUUAGGUUGAGAACAAAACGUGCCUUCUGGUUGGAGGAUGAAGACCAGAUAGUCCGCAGUCUUGACAGGGACAUGCCUCUGGGGAAUUACACCCUUCAUCUUGAUGAAGGGGUGGCCAUCAAAGUGUGCCUCUAUGAUGAGUCAGACCAUAUACCAGUACAUACAGAGGAGAAGAUUUUCUACACUGAAGAUGAUUAUCGUGAUUUUCUGACCCGCCGGGGGUGGUCAUGUCUGAGGGAGUUUGAUGGGUACAGAAAUAUUGAAAAUAUGGAUGAUCUUCGACCUGGUGCAAUAUACCGUGGUGUGAGUUGAGGGAACCAGAUAUUUAUCAUGUUUCCUUCUUAAUGUAAGUGCGGAUGAUCCAUAUUGUUAAGUCAUGUUUAAUGCUGCACUUUAUGUUAUGGUAGAACAAGGACAAGGACAAAGCACUCGGGCACAGAUUUUAAUAUUGCACAUACUGGCCUGGACUUUGAUGUUUGUAAAUAUGUACUUUUCAAAAUAUAAAGAAGUUUCAAGCCUUCUACAA